GCGGACAAUUUUCACGAUGGAGACCGCUUGCUUUAGGUGUAGCAAGUAUUGGAGGGGCAGUGGGCAGUCUGACUUGGCCGCCGCUCAUGUCCGGUCUGGCCGAUGUGUUUGGAUGGCGAGGUGCACUACUGAUAAACGGUGCCCUGUUUUUACACAUGCUGCCGUGUGCACUGCUCAUCAAAUUCUCACCUAAACCACCUGGCAAGAAUGAUUGGACCAGGAGUGACAGCUACAAGCAACUCGCGGUAUCUCUAUGGCGGAAAUUCAGAGAACAGCUACACAUAGUCAAAGUUCCGGGCUUCAUGAGUUUCUGCCUCUCCUACCUACUCAUUGGACUUGGCGUAGUUUCUUUCCCAACAUUCAUUCCGGAGUAUGUGAUGACGUCACUUCCUGGUCAGACCGCUUCAGAAGUUGCACUGGUUGUCUCCCUUAUUGGAGCGGGGAAUAUUUUCGGCAGAGCCUUGUUCAGUGUGUUGUGCAUGCUGAGCCCAAAAUCUGCUCUCUAUUUACAUUUGAUCCUUACAAGUCUGUCUGGGUUAACGUGUUUUGCAGUGGUCUUAUGUCAAAACAUGGCCGACUUCUAUGUUACAGCAGUGUUCUAUGGAACAGCAUACGGUGGAACAUCUGUAGUCUGGUGUCCCAUGUUGAUUAUUGUGUUCGACCUGGAAAAUCUGCCCAAACUCCUAGGAUGUGUAUUGCUGAUGCAGGGGAUCGGGGCAAUUUGUGGACCGCCAUUUCAAAGUUAUGUUGCAGAUGUGAUGGCACUGAAAGAUUGGAUCUUUUAUACCACUGGGGUUUUCUUCAUCAGUAGCAUCCUGGUAGUUGUCCCGUUCCUGGUGAAGAAACAACUAGUGUCACGACGACGUCCGAGGAAGACCGAUGAUAUCCGAGUGACAGGAAUAUCAAACCAGGCCGCAGAUCUCGGAUCUACAGAGACCCGAUGUCGGCAGCUGACCUGAUAUCCCCAGUUGAUCCGUUACCUGUCAAUUACCUACAACAACCUACAAUUUCUAGCUCAUGUCGUUACGUCUUAGUUUAAUAAGACUCCAUUUAAAAUAUUUCAUGUAUGUUAACUA